AAUUGAUUCGAUCCCUAUAAUCUAUUCAUUUAUGCUGUUGUUAGUAGAAAACAAUAGCGUUUAAUACGCUGCUGUUGGUCCUCCUGAUUGCUACAUUAAAAGGUUUAGUAAAUGAACUUUACAGUCUGUUGUGUUUCUUUUCUUUUUUUUUUUUUAGUUGCAAAUUGGGAAAAAUGCAGACAAUUCUAACAGUAGAGUGAGAUCUAUACAAAAAACAAUAAUGGCAUUAUCUAGUCUCAAACUCGAUUAGGUUGGCCUUUUUCUUUUUUACGCCACCUUUUUAAAAAAAAAAAAAAAAAGACUGGCUCUUGGUUAAACUAACUGGGCUAGGAAGACCACACACACACGUUGAUAAGAGGUAAUCCUCGGUAAACCUCAUCAAUGCGAGUUCUUAGUUUCAUGGAAGGGCUUCUUUGGAUCGUGAUUCUUCCCGCUGCGAGGGUGAUAAACUUUUGCUCGCAUUAUAUCAUUAUGCAGAAAAAACUAGAAAGAAAGAGAGAAACAAUUAUGUUAGAGGUCUUUGUUGCAUUCUAGUGGAAAAUCCACAAUUAAGGCCAAUAAUCCCACAAUUGGAGCCUCAAAUUCCCACGCAAGAGGUUAUGAACUCCCAAACUAGAUUAGACCCUUAUAUUUGCUAAGACCUGCUUUGUGAAGUUUGACCACGGGUCACCGUGUGUAAACUCCGCGGACCUCGAGCUGGAGGGGUGCUGCUUGUGAAUGUGGGAUCCAUGCCUUUACACGACACAUAUGCAUCUGCCACCCAGUGCCAUCUAUCAAUGUCCUGAGAUUGUCAUUUGAACUGAUUAUUUUCUGACAGAAUUUCAGUGAUUACAGUCAUUUCUUUGAACCACACUCCGCAUUUAUACUUUUGUAGCAAAAGAAAGUCAUAUAGCGUAGGUACAGAACAUUUCCGUCUAGUUCCAGCCAUUGAACUUAACUCAAAAUCAUGUUUAAACUAGUUUAUAAACAUUUUAUAAGUUCAGUCUCGCAGAACUAAAUCGAAUUUUAAAAAUAGAUAAAAUACUUUUGAUCAUAUCACUGGCAGGAGUUUAGAAAAACGAAUCGUUAUAGUCGCAAAGGCUACAAAAAAUGACGGCCGUUGCGGCAAACAAAAGUGGAAUGUUACGAUAAUAACGAACAUGAGUUAAAUAAAAAAUGUUUUAUAGUGGGAUAGGCUUCUUGUAAAGUCUUCCAGUUGCACUGUACUUAAUGGUCUAGGACAGCAUUUUAUAUGGUUUGUAGCAGCCUAUAUGUUAUGUGUAUUUUACACAUGUGGCUUGUUUAAGAAAGUAAUAUCCAAACUGAUAAAUGCUAGCUGUCAAAUGCUUCAUCGAGUUGGCGUUCCUAUGAAAAUGACUAAAACAUCAGGUGAUCAGAUAGCAUAAUCUUUGGUAGACUAUUUAUUUACGUGUUUAAGUUAAAUUUCAUGGCGAAAUUUACUUGCAAUUUCCGAAUUAAUUACCUAUUGGCCCACUACAAUUAUAUUAAAUGCGCUGUAAGUGUGAAUACAGUUCUUGAAUUCAAAAUGAGGCCCACUAUAAUUUAAUGCGCUGUAAAUGCGAAUACAAUUCUUGAAUUCAAAAUGCAAAUCAUUAGAAAGCAAAAACCUUAGUAGGUUAAUAUUUUGUCAAUAAAUGCUUACUUGACUAAUAUAAACCCCAGAAUAAUUCCUUUCGAUAUCUGUGCAAAGUGCUUACAAGUUAUGCAUGGAGUGAAAGGAACAGCUCUGAGGUAAUUCUUAUAUUGGAAUUGAUAGGUCUUGCACACGGAAUACAUGAUUGUGAAGCCUGCAGUUUGACGAUAUAACAUAAUUCAGCUGACAUUUCUAUUGCAAUGCUCUUCGAAAAGCUGUUCAUGGGCGUCAGUUACAUUUCAUAACAUCUUUUCAAAAGCAAUCCACAUAAUUAUUGCGUAUCCGGCACAUUUUUGAAGGAUGGAUCAAAUAAAUUGUCGAAUUAAGCUCAAUGCGCUUUUGUGUCUAGGCUACGUCACCGGCAACUUUUUAACAUUUUCUUUAUACUACACAGGAGAAAGAUCAAUAUGCUUUGGAGACUAAAACGAUGUGCUGCUAUUGAUCAAAGGGUUUCUGACAGCAUGUAGGCUACAAAUUAACGAUAGGCAUAUAUGGGAACAAAUUAUUCUUUUAAACCCUUAAAUAUUAUUUUCGACAGAGUGCAAAAUCAAUAAUACAGCCAUGAAAAUUAAAAGUUGAGAUCAGAAAAAUUAUUCAUUUAUCGAUCAUUUAUUAUUAUUAGAUUAUUAUCAUUAUUUAUUGAGCUUGUUGUAACGUGUGCAAUUUAUUUACAUUUUUUUUAUGUUAUAGGCCCGCAAAGUGUUGCAAAUGUUAUGUAACGCUGGGUUGUUUUUGAUCAAGUGAAUCUAAUUGUGGGAUUUGAAUGUUUUCGUCAAAGCUUGUCAUGAGCUUGUCAUUCUUUGUCCACGGGAGACCGGGAGAACUAAGAAAUCACUAACUGCAGGUGGUAACAUGGACGAUUAAGGAAGACGUUCGAUGUCGUUGAAUGUAAUCGAAAGGUGCUGUAAACAUGCGCUAACGAUAAAUGUCAUUUUCCUGAGAGAAAAAAAAGGAAUUAGCAAUGUAGACAAGCGAGACUAUGCUUUCAUUAAUGCGGCCGACUGUGAAGCCAAACGUCCAAGAAUUGUCGGAAAGUGCAUUUUGUAAAAGUACCAGUUGGUGUCGCACUAUCCUUACACUUCAGUGCGAGGAUCGAAGAGCACUCUGAACCCCCUUCGAAAAGCAUACAGAUCCUCAUCCAGCACAUUUCAUUUUUUUUUCUUUAGAAUACAAAGCUGAAAUCAUAAUGUAGAAUAUCUAAAUUGAUUUUAAAAGCCUCUAUAUGCCUUAUUUAGCAAAUUCACAAAAGACUGACGUGUAAAAAAAAAAAUAAGUCACAAUUUCUUUUGCCGUUUUUCCUCCAAACGUGUGCUUUAUUUACAUCAGCAAACGAUUAAUUCAUAAUAAAAAUCGAAAUGUUGUGUCUUAUUUAUUUAUGGCCGAGGAAAUGGAAGUUCAAGAAAAUGUGCGGGGUAGCUAUAUCAGCUGUUUGGAGUCCAAAAGUGUACCAAAAGUGCAAUAACAAACAGCCUUCAGAGAAUUCACUGCACGGAAGAGCAAGCGAGCAAAAUCUAAGAGUGACCUAAUAAUAACCUUUAAUUAAAUAUUGAAUAGCUAAUUGUUGAUGUCUGUCCGUCCUACGCUUGAAGAUUCGGGAUUCUUUCUGGAAUCAAAAAAUCACUUCAAUAUUUGAGCUAGGAUUAUAACAGGAUUAGGCUAUAAAAACAAAAAAGUAUAGGCUUUUUGAACACGCCGAGAUAGUAGCCUACACAGCAGUGCAUUUACUAAUAAAUCAGACGCAAGCAAAAUAGACCGACAUAAUAAUAAAUAUUAUUAAUAAUAUUAAUAUUGAUAAUAAUAAUAAUUAUUAUUAUUAUUAAAAUUUAAUUCAAAUUAAACUACUCUAUAAACUCACUUUGCGUUAACACAAGUAAAAGCUAAAGGGAAAGGGUAAUAGAUCUAAGAAUAAUUCCUUCGUUUUAUGCAAUGCAGCAUGAGUAGCCUACUGAAUACCACUUAUAUUGUCAUGCUGCGUUCGUACGUUAAACCAAUAGCUGAUGAAUUGUACAUUUAUUUUAACAAAUGUGGGGUUUGAGAGCUAUAGGUAAAAUUAUUCAAGUUAACAAUAACCGUGGGAAAAUGUAGACUAUAUAUUUAGUAAACAUUUAGGCUAAUAUUUUAUUCCCACAUUGUUGCACAUUGGGCUCACUGCCGUACCAUAAAACACACUUGUAAAAAUGACAUAAAACGCGAGUUUUAAAUUCAGUAGACUAGCUUUAUUUAUUUAUUUAAUUUUUUUUUCUUUAAUUAAUUUUUUUAGAUUCUAUAUAACGGUAGAAAUUGAAGUGUAGAAAUUUUGUUAAAAUGUCUGCAGUUUCCGUAUUUUACAUAUUCUACUAAUAUGGCCUAAAUUUGCCUUCAUUUGCACCCAAUAAUAUGUUAAGCCAUUGUAGCGCAGUAUGAGAUUUAUCUAAAGUAAAAAGAAUAAAACGUUAUUAAAAUAUCACCGAACUACCUCACACCCUGCAAAACCCAAGAGAUAUCGCGUUGUCAACUGUGCAUACCUGAACUUUUGAGAUGCAGAAUGCACAUUAGUAACCCAUAAUGGGAUUGAACUCAGCUAAUUUAAUGAGUAGUUAGAGGGUAAUAGACUCUUGUAGUCAGACGACAAACAAACAGGGCUGAAAAUAUUGUCUGUGUCUAAUAAGCCUCAUCCUUGUCUCCUAGCCAAUAGAGAAAGAGAGUCUCUCAUCCCUAAACUAAUCACAAACCCAUCGGAGAAAAUGAAAACGCGGAGAGACAAUACAGAGGUGGGCGUAAGACAGGCCCACCGAACUGCCAGAAAAGUAGAACCUUCAAAAGUUUGAUAUACAGAGAUUGUCAUUUGAACUGAUUGUUUUCUGACAUCAUUUCAUUAAAUACAGUCAUUUGUUGGAACGAUACUCCGCAUUUAUACUGUUGUAGUCAAGUACAAAUCAGCAUGUGUAGUUAUACAUCUAAACGUGCACUGAUUAAGCACUGAGGCGCUGUAGUAACAGCGUGUGUAAAAGCGUCGUUAUGCCCUGUGUGCAACACAAAUACAUGCUGAAGUACCUUGAGUCUCUCAAUGGGAUCAGCUGCGUAUGUAAAUUGCUCCACAGCUCUGUUUCUGGGCGAAUCCGUUCCGUUUUGCUUGAAUCCGCCUCUCCGUGCUCGUUCGUAUUGACGCACUUAAAGACUCUUCCCUCAACCUUAAGGCGAGCGGCAGCGACCAAUCACCAAGCCAUUACAGGCUUCAGAGGAAACUGUUUAUGUGACUCCAGAGCUAAUUAGGCUCAUGAACUAACAAAUCGCUAGCACAACUGGUGAGGAACCGAUCACAUUCAUGGAUUGUCUGGAGAAGUCGGCCACCUCUCUCACGAUGUGUUGAGCUGUGUGCUUUUGAAAGAUUUUUUUUUACCAUUUCUUUAGCUGCCACUAACUUGUCUCUUGCUGACAAAACUUUGGUCUUGGGUGUGGAGUAUUUUUUAGUGCUAACGCGUGUGCCGUUUUCACUUAAACUGGGGAAUCUUGACUGGUGAACCAUGUUUCAACCCACACCGAAGAGGUGUUUUACCAUAGAGUCUUUGGUAGCGAAGGAUAAUCCUUUGCCAGCGUCGAGAUCCGAGGAGCCCAUACGACCAGCGGCGCUCAGCUAUGCAAACUCAAGCCAGAUGAAUCCAUUUUUAAACGGCUUUCAUUCCAGCGGCAGGGGCGUCUACUCAAACCCGGACUUGGUGUUCGCUGAGGCUGUUUCACAUCCUCCCAACUCCGCCGUCCCAGUCCAUUCAGUACCUCCUCCUCAUGCUUUGGCUGCUCACCCACUGUCGUCCUCGCACAGUCCGCACCCUCUUUUCGCAAGCCAGCAAAGGGACCCUUCAACUUUUUACCCGUGGUUGAUACAUAGAUAUAGAUACUUGGGACACAGAUUUCAAGGUAAAAGUUUGGUUUCAGAAUCGAAGGACGAAGUUCAAGCGUCAGAAACUGGAGGAGGAAGGGUCGGAUUCACAACAGAAAAAGAAAGGAACUCAUCACAUAAACCGAUGGAGACUGGCCACAAAACAAGGAAGCCCUGAGGAAAUUGACGUCACCUCAGACGAUUAAAAAGACUUAAACUGUUCGAACCCGGGACAGCGGCGUGGCUUGAAGGAUGUCACGGAUAAGGAUGCUGUGUACUGACAGAGGGAGAGGGUAAAGCCAAUAUCACAUUUUGAUUCUUCGAGAUCGGCAGCUUGAGGGUGAGAGAUCCUGUUGGUGGCACUGCUGUCACUACAAGGGAACUGUCAAUAAUUUUCACGUUGCCAAGGCAAGGUGAUUGACAGGUAUUACAUGCAGCCCCCCGCCCCCAUCACCACACUACCCGCACCACCUCAUCACCACUAUUACAAAACAUAGCUCAAAUGCGCAUAGGACAUUUGCACUUCUGAGGGGUUUUUUCCUCUCGUUUUAUUUUUUCAAGACGUGAACCUUCCGCAUCAAGAUACCAAAAUAUACAGCUGUUUUUGUAAAACUUGAAUUGCAUGGUAGAGCAAUGGAUUUUUGGUAGGUUAAUUAAUUUGACCUUUUUCAAAGUAAAUUUGUUUUGAUUCGAUUUUUAAUCUGAGAAAUGUUGUGUGCUUCUUCCUUUUUUUUUUUUUUUUUUUUUUUUUUUUUACAACAGUGUGCAGUCUUUGAAUUUAUGAUUCUCGUGUUAAAGUGAUUGUGAAAACAAUAUGAAGUAGCAGUGCUGCGUUAUAGUGUUUUUAAGAAGUAAAACCAAUUUAAAACCAUAUUAUAAAAAAAAACUUUAUUCAAGUUUACCACAUACAAUAGUAAUUAUAAUGAAAAUUCUCCAUGACAUUCCUUAAAAUUUAAGCUUUACCAUGACUCCGUAAUCUUGGUGCGAAUAUAUGAUCGGGACUCGCCCCUCCUCUAAAGAGUUGCCUCGAAGGAUUAAUGCAAGAAUUGACGGCCGCCUAGGCAGCAAAACUUCAAGCACUGAGCGUAUUCCAUGUAUAGAGAUACUAAAAGCUAAUGUUUAUGUUAAAUCGUCUUUUACAAGAAUGUAAAUAAUUUUGUGUUUGUGUUAAGUUUGCUACAAUUUUAACACAAAGUAUACUUCCAAGAAGUAUGUAAUUGUCAAUAUUUUGUCAAUAAAGUUUUAUCAAUAUGUUGCUCAGAAUAAAAUUAAAGCCUUUUUGUUUUACAAAAAGAGGCCAAAAUGA